CGAGACUUUGCAACCUGGAGGCUGGGAGGAUCGGGAGGCCGAGAGGAGGAGUGGAGCGGCGGACAGGCCCGCGCUCCCUGGGAGAGACCUGUCCCCCAAGGGCGGGAAACCCCUAGAGCCCCCAGCCAGAGGAGACAAUCGCGGUAGUUCGACGGCCCCGAUGUUUUCACAGCUUCGCACCUUUGCGAGUGCCGGUGACCUCUGCUUGGUUCCUAUCAGAACCAGCUCAGGCGCUCCCACCUCCGGGAAGCCUUCCGACCUACGCCAUUGCGGAGCCAUUGCAGUCUUCCCAGGCCUAGUGGUUUGGGCACAGCGCUCUGCUAGCGUCUCCCAGGUUCUGUUUUAAUUUAUGUUGGGCAGUGCUGGGCAGGGGAAGCCUCACCAAACGUUGGUUGAGGCAGUAAGUACCAGACUGGGCACUGACAGAUGGACGGGAGCUUGGGCUCUUGCCUGAGCUAGCACGCACCAGGGCCCUCACUAAGUCAAGAAAUAUUUCCUGAGCACCUACUGUGUGCUUAGCACUGGGAAGAGUGUCAACAAAGACCAUCUCUAUGCCGACUGAGUUGCAAGGCCGUGAGCAAGGAGGCGCAGUGUAAGCAGACCCUCAGAGGAGCUCUGGGGAAAAGAGCCCCCUCCCCCUUGAUGAGAAAAUUGAGGCUCAGAGAGACCGGGUGAAUUGUUGAAGAUCACACAGCUAAUAAAUAGCGGCACCAGGACCGGAACUUGGCCCACAAGGAUGGAAACGGACUACCUGAAGAGGUGCUUUGGAACCUGCCUGGGCCAGGCACUGGCAGAGGUGGCGAAGGUUCGGCCCAGUGACCCCAUAGAGUACCUGGCUCACUGGCUUUAUCAUUACAGGAAUACCUCUAGAGCAAAAGAAGAGGAUAGCCGAGAGAAGAUCCGGCUGAAGGAAGAAUACGAUAAUAGCCUCAAAGAAACCGAAAUGACAGAAAUGCUAAAGCAAGAAGAGUGUCAGAUUCAACAGAAGUAUGAUAAGUGUCACCAGCCACUGGUAUCUGUAGCUAGCUCCACAAUGAAGACUGUAUUCAUACAAGAGAACACAAAACCCGUUGAGAAGGAUGGCUUGAGGCAAGAAUCUUUGCCAGGUACUUCCAAUAUGGUUCCCGGGAUGCCUCAAUAGAUUCCUUCUUGAGAGACAUCUGGCCAGGCUGACUGCAGUGUUGAAACUCCACAAGAAAUAAAUUCCUAGGCUUUUCGGCAUAAAAUUGCUCCCAGAAUGCAUCCUGGCUCCAAAUCUCCUUAAGUUAUCAAAAGGUGGCUGAUUCUCAGGAUGCUUCUCUCAAAGCUACAAGCUCAGAAAGGGGCCAGCUAGGGCUCUGACUGAAGAUGGUAACUAUGUGAAUUAAACCAAAAUUUGAGGGACUGUGGAGGGGGGUGUCUGCAGGGACUCUCCAGCCAAAGUUCUGUUCUGAUAGCCAUGAAAACCCCUUAAUCAUGUAAACAUUUCAACUACUGAUAGGAUAAAAUAAACUCAUGAGGAUUUCAAAUAAGUAACCAAAAGACUUUUUUCUCUUGAUUUAUCUUUUUUUUUUUUAGAUUAGACAGUAAAAACAUCCAUUUCAUGUGUUCAUGUCUUGACUUAAAAUUUUUUUUAAUGUUUAUUUUAUUUUUGAGAGAAAGAGAGUACGAGCAGGGUAGGGGCAGAGAGAGAGGGAGACACAGAAUCCAAAGCAGGCUCCAGGCUCUGAGCUGUCAGCACAGAGCCGGAUGCGGGGCGUGAACCAAGCCGUGAGAUCAUGACCUGAGCCAAAGUUGGACACUUAACCAACUGCGCCAUGCAGGAGCCCCGUGUCUUGACUUUAGAUGAAUUUUGCAGUCAGGUCCCCGAGUGUUUACACGUGUCCUGGAGCAUACCCAUGUCACUGACAACAGGUAUUUUAAAACAGCUCCAAUGACAGUAGAGCUCGGUGUGCCCACUUCCACGAUGAGGCUUUUGGGGAAGAAGAGGACAAGCUUCCCAUGCUCGCUUGAAAAUGGCUUGAGAUAUAACAAGGGGAGACUGGCUUGGGGUUUAUAGUGUAGUUAGGGGUGGACCCAUGUAGGAGUUCCGCCCUCGGGGAGAGGCUUGCGUGGCUUGAAACUCCCGCUGUGCCAAAGUUGGGAGCACCUGAGUUUAUCAGUUUGCCCAGAUGUGGGGCACAGUGGGGAAGGGGAAGAGUUGAAACCUAAAGCAGUCGGCAGUCAGACGCCAAAAAGUGGAGUCAGACUUUAUCACAGAG